CUGUUAGAAGCAAAUACUUCUAUAUUUGUGCAGUGCCAGAAACAAAUAGUGCCUUGGACCUGCAGUGGCAUCCCACUAAAACAUUAUGUCUGAAGUCAAGGCUCUUUACUUCAAGCAUGAAAGAUGGAUUAAUAUACCUGGAUAUGUAGGUAAACAUCGAUCAAUAACCAGCUGAUUAUCAUCACAAGGAUUACUUGUGAACUUGAUGUGGAAAGGUUGAGCGAAACGAUGCUUGCCAUCAUUAUGUUGUCGAUGUCAACGAUAUUGUCGCGAGGUUUGCUUGUAGUGAUUCUGGCAGAGAUAUGUACAGGUCAGAUACAGAAGCCGUACCAUGAUUGUCCGCGUUACGUAGCGGAGGGCGCUACUGUCAGCUGCACGUGCGCUGUGGCAGACACUGGAUCUCAGAUGACGUCAUUACUAUGGGUCGGAGUAUCGAGUACGUCACGGCUGACCGUUGCCAACGUGUCACGCAGAAACAACGGGAUGGUGUACACGUGUAGACUGACACAGGGUGUUCAAACAUCCGAAACCAGCUACACACUACAAGUAGCUUACGGUCCCUUUGAUAAUUCGACUUCCCUUGUCCAGUCACCGUCUCCACUACUUACUAACGGGUCGAUGUCCUUAAACUUUACCUGCAUCUCCACUGAAGUCAACCCUGAGCCUGUGUACAGCUGGACCGUUACAUGUGUGAGUCCAGUCUUGGGAGGCAAUGUUUGUGUCUACAUCCCUAAGGUCCCGGAUGAUGACGGCAAAAGCGUUGGCUGCUCUGCCAUAUCGCAGUAUUUUGACGGAUUGACACUACCCAAAACAGCUUAUAGUCGUACGAACAUGAACUUGCAAUAUCCACCAGCAACAGCCCCGAACAUAUCAGUCGGCACUGGACAAUCACUUGCCACGGGAGACAACUUGACUUGCACUGUCACUGGCGGUAAGCCCGUCGUGUCGCGAGUGACUUUCUCUUGCUACAACUUGAGUGUCACCGUCCAGUCCGACAUCAUCAUCACGGACAGCGUGGACGUCGUGCAGCAGUCGUCUGUGUCCAGUCCACUGACCGUCCCGUCUUCUGGAUCAUCCAGUGUCCGGUGCAUCUGUACUGCAGAGUGGACACCGCAGCCUGACUUGUACAGACUGUCUACAAGUGUCGACCUGCAGCUUUUGUAUCCACCUACAACUGCCCCAGUAAUAGCAAACUACACCCAGGGUCAGCCCAUGGUGUAUGGCGACACGCUCUCCUGCACUGUCUACGGAGGAAAACCAAUUGUCUCACGAGUUACUUUCUCUUGCUUCAACUUUGCGGAUCUCAACCACACCAAUGACGUCAUUUCCGAUCAAAACGACACGGUGGGCGCCUCGUCUGUGUCCAGUCCUCUGUCCAUACCCCGGGCCGUGACCUUUAACAUCACGUGCACCUGUCGGGCUGUGUGGAUGCCCAGACCUGAACUAUACACACAGUCUGCCAGCGUAACUAUUCCUAUACAAUAUCCGCCAUCUGCUGAACCCGUCAUCUCCGGUUACACACCCAACCAGGCUUUGGCCCCACAAAGUACUCUGGUCUGCACCGUGUCAGGAGGUCAGCCCCUGGUGUCAGAAGUUAUCUUCUCUUGCUUCAACGUCACUGACCUGACUCGGUCCACCCCUGUUCUUGCUGACCAGACAGAUUCCACGAAUGCAUCAUCGGUGUCCAGUUCUGUCACCGUCCCCUUGUUGGGGCUGUCACAGAUAGUUUGCUCAUGUCGAGCAGUCUGGCUCCCACGCCGGGACAUGUACACCCUGAACACUACCGCCACAGUAGCACUGCAGUAUCCACCCAGCACCAGUCCCGUCAUUUCGGGGUACACGCCAGGGGAGACAAAGAUUGCGGGAGACAACCUCAACUGCACAGUCUCAGGCGGAGUGCCUCAAGUGACAAGAGUGAACUUCUCUUGUUUCAACGCCUCUGACACGUCACUAGUGACGCCGAUUGCUGGUGACCAGUCGGACACAGUCUCGGGGUCAGCGGUGUCCAGUCAAGUGACGAUCCCGGGGUCUGGUACGUCCAGCGUGAGCUGCGUUUGCAGUGCUGUGUGGUCCCCAGUGCUUCAGGCGUACACGGCGACAGCCAACGUCACUGUACCCGUCCAGUACCCUCCCAGCCAAGAUCCUGUCAUAUCCGGUUAUACGGACGGACAGACGCUCAAGCCCGGAGACUCAAUAUCCUGUAGUGUUGCGGGAGGUAACCCACUCGUCUCCCAAGUUAUCUUCUCCUGCUAUAACUUGUCGGAUGUGACGUACGCGAGUCCCGUGGUGUCGGACCAGCAGGACAACAAGACGCUGACCGCUGUGACCAGCUCCGUGACGGUCCCCUUUGCAGGGCUGACUGCCGUCACGUGUGUCUGCAGCGCCACUUGGUCACCAAGACCCUCGGUGUACACCAGUACCACAAAAGUCAGCAUCUCCCUGCAGUAUCCUCCAUAUGUGGCACCUGUGAUAUCAGGCUACAGAGCGGGGCGUGAGGUUGUCACAGGUGACAGCCUUGUGUGCACCGUGUCGGGGGGAAAACCCCUAGUCUCCAACGUGACCUUGACCUGCUCCAGCGUCACGACGCCCUCUGUGGUGCUGAUCAGUGACGGGCCGGACACCACAGGAGUCACGACGGUGACCAGCUCUGUGACGAUUCCAGCAUCAGUGACGUCAGAUGUGACGUGCGUGUGUACAGCUGUGUGGGUGCCGCAACCUGGGUACUACCUGCUGCUCGACUCUGUCAACCUCACCGUGAAAUACCCUCCCAGUCAGGAUCCUGUCAUAGCCGGGUAUACCCCAGGACAGACCCUGACCUCCGGUGACCGCCUCAAUUGUAGUGUUGCGGGUGGCAACCCUCUGGUCUCUCAGGUUAUCUUUUCGUGUCCUAACAUCCUACCUGACCAACCAGACACGUCACAGUCCGCUGCAGUCUUCAGCUCGCUGACCAUUCCAUCGACAGCCAUGACAGACGCUGUGUGCACGUGUCGGGCUGAGUGGAGUCCUAAACCACAGCUGUACACGAGAAAUACAAGCAUAGUCAUCAGCACUAAUUAUCCUCCCAGCACGCCUCCCGCAAUAACCGGCUACGGAGCAGGAAACACUGUAGUAACGGGAGACAACCUGACAUGCAGUGUCAGUGGCGGCAGCCCUUAGUCUCAAGAGUUAUCUUUUCCUGCUUUAGCGUCAGUGAUGUCAUCAACGACCAGCCAGACGUCACACUUUCUACGUCAGUCACAAGUUCCGUCAUCAUUCCUACGCAAAAUACAAAUGUUUUGACGUGCGCGUGUCGUGCU